GCCAUGUCUGGUCGCGGCAAGGGCGGGAAGGGCCUGGGCAAGGGGGGCGCCAAGCGCCACCGCAAGGUGCUGCGCGACAACAUCCAGGGCAUCACGAAGCCCGCCAUCCGGCGGCUGGCCCGGCGCGGCGGCGUCAAGCGCAUCUCCGGCCUCAUCUACGAGGAGACCCGCGGGGUGCUCAAGGUGUUCCUGGAGAACGUGAUCCGGGACGCCGUCACCUACACGGAGCACGCCAAGCGCAAGACGGUCACGGCCAUGGACGUGGUGUACGCGCUCAAGCGCCAGGGCCGCACCCUCUACGGCUUCGGGGGCUGAGCGCCCGGGACCCGCCAUAUUUUCAAACACAAAGGCCCUUUUCAGGGCCGCCCACAAAGUCACUUAAAGGGCUGUCGUGCUUGCGGAAACGGGAUUGGGGCAUGUAAGACUCCCACAGGCGCAAAACUGGUGAGCAGUAGGAUAUUCUUGUCUGCGGUACUGUAGCAAGCUUUGUGACGCUUAGGUACACUUUAAGGCUUUCAAAGAAAUGCACCUUGGAGUAAAUAGGUCAGCAGAUGCUGCCAAUGAGCGAGUUCCAGAAGGGAAAUGGCGAUUUGUUCUACACAAACGGAAACAAAAGAUCUUGGCCAACGUUCUUCGGGUUCAUCCGCAUGACCGGAAGCGUCCUGUGCACAAAGCUCCGGUGACCGCAGCCGCGCCUAUGUAAAUGCAGGUCCUCUGAGGACAAGCUCUGAUUGGGUGACAAUCGGUGUGGCAGAAGCUGCGGAGGGUGAGAUUCCGGGGCCAUUUUCCUGUUGGCCACAAAUGGUUUCGUAGCUGUCCCCGGAACCAGAGGAAAAACCUCGGUUGGUUAACUUUGCUUUUAAUCCAGGCGCUGCACGAGUACUAGGAGCAAAAAGCACAGAGGCUCCCGGGACCAGUUAUAGACGGAUUCGCGCGGUGCCGGGGGCCUGCUGGAUGCCAGGCGCAGGCCGGGGGUCAGUCCACUGCGGGGCACGGCAGUCACACAAGGGACUCGGCCUUGCCCGGCAAGUGAAGCAUAUUUCGGCGCUGCAGCUCCGACCUGGAAGGGAAUCGCCGCCGUGUGCAAGCAAGACAUGGGCUGUGCAUGAUUCUGUACGACUUCAAACCAUUGUUUAUUCGUUCUGACAAAAUUGUCAGAGGGCCAGUUAUAGAGAUGAAUUUAGAAAGGCCAGGCUCUAGUGUUCUCUUCAAUACAUGGUUAUAUGCAAAAGAAUGCGUUACGUAAUUCUGCAUUGGGCUUUGUGGGGUUGCCCCCAAUACUACCAAGGCCCCAAAUAAAUCAGCAGUAUGAAUUUCGUGUUUAUAAUCAUCUUUAAAUAAGAAUGCCGGUUCCUAAAUUGAGAGCUGGAAUAAACGAACUUUUCUUAAAACGAAAAAAGAUGCUUUGACUCAGACCCUGAGAAUUUCCUAAUAACAGUUUUUGUUAGGUCCGUUCGGACCCUAACAACUCUGUAACCCCACCAUUUCCAUACAGGUUUUAGAGGUAAUAUUCUUCAUCCUGUGGAACACAAUCUGGACAAGCCUGUACACUCUCUUUGUAAAUAAAAUACAUAGAAUUAUAAUUAGA